AUGACUUAUGAUUUAGAAUUUGUUGUGGUAAUAGUAAGAUCUGACAUAGCUACUGGUGUACGGGGAAGAAAAACGUUCGUCAUACUUGGAUGUGAAAGAGGGGGGAAAUAUAGGAAAUACAAAGUUGAUGCAGUGGCUAGUGUAUACGGCACUCGUAAAUGUGAAUGUCCGUUUAGAUUAAAGGGUAAACCAUGUUCAGAUGGGGCCGGAUGGGUGUUGAAGGUGAUGUGUGGACAUCACAACCAUGAGUUAGCUGAAACUUUAGUUGGUCACCCUUAUGCUGGCAAGUUAAAUACGAGUGAGAAGUCAUUACUGGUUGAUAUGACAAAGAGUAAAAUUACACCUGCAAAUAUUUUAUUAACACUCAAACAAAAUAAUGAUCGAAAUGUUACAACGAUUAAACAAAUCUACAACGCAAGGCAUGCGUAUAAACGAUCAUUAAGAGGGUCCAGAACUGAACUACAAGAACUUAUGAUGUUGUUGGAUCGGGAUAAGUACAUUCACUGGAGUAGGUGUGCUGAUGAUUCAGAGGUUGUUACUGACUUAUAUAGACUUCCGUUGCUUGAGAUUGUGGGUAUGAUGUCUACAGGGUUAACCUUCUCAACAACAUUUGCUUUCUUGUCUACUGAAAGGCAGAGUAAUUUCACAUGGGCUUUAGAAAAGCUGAAAGGUUUAUUUUUAACAUUUGAGGGUGGUCCUAAAGUCAUUGUCACUGACCGAGACUUGGCUUUGAUGAAUGCCAUAGCAAAUGUAUUCCCUGAGUCAUAUCAGAUGUUAUGUCGGUUCCACAUCCUUAAAAAUGUUAAAGCUAAAUGCAAAAUGUUAGUUCAUUCUACUGAGGUUUGGGAAGUGUUGAUGGAUGCAUGGGAAAAUGUGAUGGAUUGUGCUGAUGAAAGCUUGUUUGCUGAGUAUGUGAAUGGUUUUCAAUACGCAAGCAGUUCAUGGCCUUUGUUCUUUGAAUAUGUCAAUCAGACUUGGAUUAUUCCGUACAGCACAUACUUUGUAAAGUUCUGGACGAACAAAGUAAUGCAUUUAGGGAACACAACCACAAAUAGGGCUGAAUCUGCUCAUUGGAGCCUGAAGAAAGUUCUGGGCAAUAGUAUGGGUGAUUUGUGUUCUUGUUGGGAUAAUAUUCAUAACGUCAUUAUCCUACAACACAACAAGAUUAAGGCUUCAUUUGAAAGUAGUUUAUUGCUCACGAGUGACCAUUUUAAAGGCUACACAUAUAGAGAACUUAUUGGACGUGUGUCUCGAUAUGCAUUGGAUCUCAUUACUAAGGAAUUGAAAAUAGUGCAGCAGAUAGGAUUGAACUCCUCAAAGUGUGGAUGCGUAUUGAGACGUACAUUUGGUGUCCCAUGUGCAUGUGAAUUAGCACGAUAUGAUCCUAGGAUGAUCCCUAUAGGUGAAUUUCAUAUCAUGUGGCGAAGAUUGCAUUUCUCAAAUGUUGAAUUAAAUGAAACUGAGCCUCAGUUAUCCAUUAAAGAUGAGUUGAAACAAGUAGAAGAACGAUUCAAUGAGGUUGACGUUGGCGGUAAAGUCACCAUCAAGCAGAAGUUACUUGAGAUUGUUUGUCCUACAUUAACAUCAAUGGUCCCUCCAUUACAUAAAGUCAAGACAAAGGGUGCACAAAAAAGUAAAGUUAAACGAAGUGAAAGGUCUACUACGCGAGAUCCAUCAUAUUUUGAGUAUGUGGACGCCUUUCAUUCAAACCAUAAAAUCUUCAUCUAUGAGAAGUAA